AUGGACCCCUUCACUGCGCUAGGUAUAGCAGCUAACAUAGCCUCAUUCAUUCAAAUGACCUAUGGAAUUAUAUCUAAUGCAUACGAAGCUUCUCAAUCUAUAUCCGGCAUGAUAAGGGAAGAUGACCAGCUUCAAUUUGUCGUCAAACAACUCAAGAUGUUUUCCGAAUCCUUAGUUUCCACGAAGCCUGCACUGCAACUGACUAAUGCUGAGACGGCCAUGGAUGCAGUCGCGCGAAAAUGUCAUAGCCUUUCAAGCAAGUUACUCGAGAUUCUUAAUCGAACGUACGAAGGUACCGUUGAUCAACAUUCGUUUAGACGAAGUGCAGUUGUGACUUUGAAAAGUAAAUGGCGCGACGCCGAGAAAAGGGAACUGAAGAAACGGAUUGACGAGUGCCGCGAACUUUUCCACUUACAGUUGACCGCGAUGAUGGGGACAGACAUAAUCAAAAGCCUAAACGAGCUUACCAAUACAGGCAAGGCCAAUGAGGAUACAUUGAUAACACUUCAAGGACACGUCAUUUCGUUAGAGCGUGGAGUCACUCUAUAUAAAAUCGGAGGAGAGGCAACGAAUCAACUAGCUAACAUUUUGCAAUUAUCUACCAAUGCUUUAAAUUCAGCUAGAAGCCAGCAGAUCCUACAAAGCCUCGCCGUUUCAGAGUCACACGGAAGGUACGAGAACGUCGCGAAGGCUCACUUGGAGACGUUUGAAUGGAUCUUCGAGGAGAACUCAAACAAAAGUCCCAAGGCCUUGAAGGGCAAUCGUACCUUCACAGACUGGCUUAAGUCUGGGGGGGGUAUUCCAUAUCGCCGGGAAACCGGGGCUCCCGUACAGCUCCAUCUUGAAGAUGAUUCUCUUAGUAACGCUUUUAAUCUAUUGGUGGAGAACCUCAUGCGGUGUCACGGCCGGUGCUUCUUCAUAGCCAUUGAUGGUCUCGAUGAGUUUCAAGAGACCCCUAAUGAGGGAUUUAAAGAGCUGAUCAAACUGAUCUUGAGCUGGACUGAAAAAGCGCCGACCCAGCUAAAGCUCUGCGUUUCAAGCAGAGAACACACGGUAUUUCUGGAUAAAUUUGCUGGGACACAGAAUCUCAGGUUACAGGAUCUGACAGUAAACGACAUCAAUAAAUUCGUGAAAGAAAAGCUGGAGAGUAACUACAAUUUCUUGAAACUAGAACACCAAACCGGAGGGACAGCCGGAUUAAUAUCUCAGGUUACGGAAGAAUCAUCCGGUGUGUUUCUAUGGGCAGCGUCAGUUGUGAAGCUUUUGGAUGAAGCUUGCGACAAUGGAGAUACGUUAGAGCAGCUCCAACGCAAGGUCAAGUUUCUUCCAAAGGAAAUCAAAUAUUUAUUUCGCCAAUUGUUCAAUUUCAUCGAUGAAUUCGACAAGGCUGAAUCUGCUCGUACAUUCGCAUUUGUAUUUACGCUCCUAGAGAAUGCAGAGAACAUGGGACCUUCCUUAUUUCGAUACUCUCUCCUAGACGAUUACAACGCGGAUCCCCUUUUCGCCUCAAGAGCUGACUUUCGAGACCGACGAAUUCUCGCAACUGAUGUAAAUUCUGUUAAUCAGCGAAUUGAAAGAGCCCGCAAACAGUUGUAUAAACGUUCUCAAGGUCUCCUCGAAGUAGUCACGUUAAGUGAGAUACCAGGCUGUGGAUCUGGCGCUUCACUACUUGCGCCUCUGUUACAGCGUAUCGCGCUUGUCCACCGAUCCAUCCCGGAAUUCCUAGAAGAGGACGCUGUUUCAAAAGACCUGAUGGCCAAAGGUGAAGGGUUUGAUGUCCUUGGUGCCAUCUGCCAGACAUUCGUGGGUGAAACCGCCUCCUUUAACCUAGAUCGCUGGCAUUUUGGCGAUAAUCCCCUCUGUUGGGAGUUGGUGGACAUAGUCAGCGCAGUCUCGAAGGCCAAUUCCAUCACUUUGCAACGUGGAUGUAUACCUCGAACGGGGUCGACAUUGUCCGUUGCCCAUUGCGCGGCUUUUUAUGGCUUAUAUGAGUUUUUCACGUCUUGGGACGAUUCCGUAGACUGCCCUUUCAAUAGGGACAUCCAAAAUGGCUGUCUACUUCUGUUCGCGUUAUGCAAGAUAGAUGAGGCAGACGCUAAGGCUAAGGAUAACCUAUUGACCAUUAUAAAUUGGUUGUUAAGGCGUGGAUGUUCUCCAAACCGAGCUAUUAUCAUACGCGAGGAUAAAGGCUUAAAACUUCCCACUCUUGAAUUCUCAAAUGCGACUAUAUGGUUAUAUCUCGCCUACAAAGCUAUAGUUGUACCAGCGGCUUUCGAUGCGGUAGAAAUAUUUCUAGAAUAUGGUGCGCAUCCAGGCAUCUCCUUUAUUGCUGGCGAGGGCCCCAGGGAAUGGCUGAAAAUAGUGGGAACCGCAACGCCAGUAGUUGCUGGGAAGUCAACUAUAUCGGCCUGGGCAUCCGAGAUACGCCAGCAUGGGUAUGAAUGCGAUUCAGAGUCGAAGUUCUUUCGUUUCCUAUUUUCAUAUGGAAAGCUGGCCGCCCUGAAACAGGUCAUUGAGCACAUGAACCCACCAAAUGCGCUGCGCCUCCUUGACCUCAUCGACAGAAAUAUGGCUACUCCCCAACCCGUCUUAGAUGCAUCUUCUAGCUGUUUAGAUAAUGCGCCAAUAGCGCCUCUUCCUGAACAAACGGCUGGAGAGGAAGCCCCGAUUAAUAAGUUAGAGAAGACAAAUUAUGGGGUAGGCAUGAAACCUGAUUUAGAAGUCUCAGGGGGAUACACGGCAAUGGAUGGGCUCAAAAGAGUGAUAACAAAUCCACUAGCCACUUUCGUUUUAGGCAUAAUUUUAUCGUACUGCGUAUUGAUUUGCGUACCUAAGCACGUGCAUUCAAUAGACUAA